AUGAGAGAGGAUCGGAACACAGUGUCGAGAGAUCUGGUGUCGAGGGUUUAUAAAAAGGACAAAGGAAGAACGGAGAAGAUCAGGGACAAAAGUGUGCGAGGAGCCGCGGUGAGACGAGAGGAGGGCGGUGGAAAGAGGACGGAGGAGUCGAGCGCGGAGAGUGACGAGGACGAGAAGCAGACGGAGAAGCAAGGGGCUCAGGAGAAGUGGAGGAGAGGAGAGAGGAAAGGCGGCGCUGACGAGGACGAGAAGCAGACGGGGGAAGGAGAGAGGCAAAGAGGCGGCGAAUCAGGUCGCGAACCAGGUCGUGAGACGGGCGAGUCGCCGAGGGGCGCUGACGAGGACGAGAAGCAGACGGGUGGAGAGAGGAAUGGGAAAAGAGGACGAGUAGUAGACGAAAGAUAG